UUUCUUAUGUCACCAAACUGUAAAAGGAAGGAUAAUACAUUUAACUUCCUUUCUCGUAAAACGGAUAGUUUACAAUCAAUCGCAAGGAGUUUAGGCUAGUUAAAUUAUAGUUGAAUGAAUGUUUUGGAGAUAUCACAUGUCGGUUUCAAUAGAGACCACACAGAUCUUAUAUUCGUAGUUAUUAAACAUUUAGACACGAAGCAAACUAAUAUGAUAGUUAUUCGUAUUGCUGUGUUUUUUUUAUUAAAUGUUCAAGGAUUAUGUUAUGGCUAUUAUAGUACAAAUGGUGGGAAUGAUUCUUUAAGAGAUGUUACGAACCGGUUUUUUGUUCAUUUGCGUCCAGACGACUUAGGCCUUGUUCAAGAUGAGCUUAAAACUCAUUCUCUUAUAUACCAUAGCAAGGUCGUUGAUAACUUGCACAUUUUCGAAAAUGAAAGUAGUACCAUAUUCAGAGCAACUAACUUGGAACUGGAGAUACUCAAAUAUAACAUUAAAGGAAAAAUAAAACAAAUUGAGCAGUGUCGCAGGUUACUAGUAGGAAAUGACAAAAGACAUACUAUAGCGACUAAACAUCUGACGAGGAAAAGUUCGGCGCUUUACUUCAGAAUGGUUCAGUACAGCGCGAAGCAGCACUCUGUGGAUGAAGCCCAUAGUUUGCUGGUCUGUCCACCCUAUUGGGAUCAACAGGAAAGAGUUGAUGAAGUUUGGAGAUCUUCUGUGACAGGACACAACAUAUUAAUUGCUGUCACAGAUAUUGGAAUGGAUGUUCAUCAUCCGGAGCUCUACCCGAACAUAGAGAUGUCUUUGCGGUGGAACAUUGUCAACAAUAACACUGAUGUCUCUCCAGACCAUUUCCCUAACUACUACGAAUCUUUCGGAACAACCAAUCAUGGGAACGACUGUGGUUCUGUUAUUGCUGGUGUGAGAGGAAACAAUCUUUGCAGCGCUGGGGUCGCUCCAGAAGCAAAAAUUGUCCCUUUGAAACUUGGCAAGGUGGUUAAGUUUAUGUGGGAUAGACCAGUUGUUUUUGAUGAUAGUCUGUCAAAAGCCUUGGCGUAUAGACACGACCGAAUCGACAUAUAUUCCAACAGCUGGGACUUUAGCAGCUCUUUCAAGCCGUUAGAUAUUGGAUCGGCAUCGGCGAUUAAAGAAGGUAUAAAAAGGGGACGAAAUGGACAAGGGAGUAUUUAUGUGUUCCCUGCUGGUCGACGGGGCAAUGGCUUUGCCAAUAGCAUCUACACAAUUGCAGUCAACAACAUCGGAGUACGAGGAAAAGUACCCAAAACCGCGUAUGCAAAUUCUGCUACGCUUGUUUCUUCCUUCGGGCAAGGGCGCACGAGAUCGUCUGAAAAUAUGAUUACUGCCUUCAAUGAAAAAGGACGUAAAUGCUGGAAUAAGUUUGGUGGAUCCUCUGCUACUACAGCAAAAGUAGCAGGCAUUUGUGCGCUCAUUUUAGAUGCCGGGAAAAAGCAUGACAAAGACUUGUCAUGGAGAGAUGUACAACAUAUACUUGUAAAAUCAGCUACACAUGAAGGUUUAACUGAAGCAAAACAUUUUAAGAGGAAUGGCGCUGGCCUAUAUUUCCACGACGUUUUUGGGUUUGGAUAUGUCGAUGUUCAGAAAGCUGUGAAGCUAGUAUCAGAAUGGUCCAAAGCUAAAGAAAUGCUUAAACACCGAGUGGUUCUGAAAAGAAUUAGCGUUGAUAGGCAAAAGGAAGUGUUUGUUGGAUAUUCUACGAAGAACAACAGCGUAAAAAUAACGCAGGUCGAAUAUGUCACCGUUGACAUACCAACAUAUACCUUGGAAGAGAAGACGUUUGUAAGGUUAACUUCAUCAAGCGGCACAAGCAUUAAUCUAGCUUACGAGACAGAACCGAUCAGUGCAGAAACUGAACGUGAACACAUAAAGUUUGCAACGCCGAUGUUUUGGAAUGAAAACGAUGCUGGAAAAUGGACUUUAGAACUUACAGGAAAAACUGACAAAGGCGGAAACGAAUACAAGCAGUUGCAUCUAACAGUUUUCGGUACUGGUGAAAAAACUCAUGACCAUACAGAAAUGCACGAAACAAAACGCGAUGAAUUGGACAACGUUUCGACAAACAAGGCCGUUUCCGAUACAGAUGAAACCCCGUCUAAGACAGAGUUGAUCAUUGCUUUUCUAACUCGGGUUGCUUAUACAUCGGCGCCUCUUAUUAUUAUUAUCUUUGUUUGUGUUAAAUUGAAUGUUCAAGAAUACCUUUGCAAGUUUUUAUCCAUAGUAAUAGCAGGUGUAAUUGCAGCUAUAUUGAUGUACAUUUUUGGUAUACUGGUUUCGUAGAAGGUUUUAUCAAUUGUUCUUAUCAUGUUCAGAUAUAUUGUUUCACAAAAUUGCUCACAUUAAUCGAAUGAAUGUUAUGCUCGGAAAAUUAUUUUUUGGACAAAGCAACCUUUCCUCUUUUUUGCAUUAUUGUUAGUAGAAUUUGUUUAUUGUUUCUUACAUUUAUUAAUUAACAGUGUUAGAUGAUUGUGUUUUGUUUUGAAAUUUAACGAUAUCAGUAUGUAAGUAUUUUGACCUUCCUUAGCCACAUUAUUCAUUCAGUUCGAUUGUUAUUCUUUAUUUAUUAUAGACGAGUUCUUCCCCUUUGUACAACUUUUGAUUUACUUUGUUAUUGCAUGAAAAGGCACUUUAUAGGUAUUACCUUUGUCGUCGGUUGCGGUGUCGACCGCAGCGUCAACUUAAGCUUUUGCAGUCAAUACUUGAAUUCAUUAACCAAUCAUGAUGCAACAUGGUGACCGUUCUUAUUUGCAUACUAUUACAGUAUCAAACUUGGUGGCACUGGUCAUUAGGCAUAAUGUUUCGGCAAAGUUCGACCCUGCGAAUAAACCGUAGAAGUUACACGUUAUGCCUCUGACCAUGAUGAAGGCGUAUAUCAAAUUACGCGGAAAUCUUGUCAUUUCAAUUUUCUUGAUAAUAGUUCUUUUAUUUCAGUUGGAACUAAAAGGCCAAUAAAAUCAAAGGUAUAUUUAGAUAUGUUGGCAUAGUUACCCAAAUGAAAACAAGUAAGGACUUACUUAAGAUUGUGUUGUUAUUCUAUUUUUGUUCGCGUUGCUGUAAACAAGUCCUUACACUCCUUUCCGCUUUUUCUCAUAGUUUAUGAUUCAAUGCUAUUUUGAACUUGCCCAUUGUAUCUUAGUCUUAAGUUCAAGUAUCUUAAAUCUGUAUUAACGGUACAAAUGACAACAAUCUUAGUUUUUUUGUAACAUGUGGAAGUAUUUUAAAUUCAGCACUUCAUUGUUUAGUUAUCUAGUUCCUUGUCAUGGGACGCAGAUUUAUUGAAUUAAACUAUUUUUCCCAUGACAUUUUAUAAAUGUAUUUAUCAGUUUCAUUAAGAAUUUAUUCCACGUAUAGACAUUUUACAGUAAACCAGAUUCUAAUUAAGAACUUAAGUUUAAGUUCUUGAAGUUUUUGUAGUUUGUUUUUUAACAAUUUUAUUUCUUAUAUAAGCGCAAACUUUUCUGAUCUUAGGUCGUUGGUUUGAAGCAGUGCUAGAACAUUUAAAGAAAAAAAAACACUUGGAAAAUAUUAAAUUGUUAUGUGAUUAUUUUAUUUCAACCUGUUUGAUUUAAAUAGUUUUAAAACACUGUGUUUAAUAAUUGAUGUGUAUUUAGCUCUGUGGACAUUAUGUACAAGGAUCCGUGAAGAUAUAGUGUGAGCUUUUGGACUUUUGACAUUAUGUUUUAUAUGUUUUUAAAUAUCAGCAUUAUUUUUACUGAAUUUAUUUUUAAUUUCUUUUAUAAAACGAUUUUAAAUAAAAUGUGUUUUU